UUUUACUCAACGCGAACGACACGCGCUUUCCUUCGACCCUCGAAACCGUAACUUCCAUCGGCGGACAGCAGGAAGUUCCACGCGCAUCGUGAACCCGAGCCCCAAAGGAGCGCGCCUUGUGCUGGGAAAGGCCAGGCCCAAGGAGAGCAGCCACCGCGGAGCGUGCCCUUUUCCGUCGCCUGCUCCGAUCCCCCGUGAUUCCGCGCGAUUUCGACGACCACCGCGACCUUUCUCGCGCGAACUAUGCACGGUGUGCAGUGGAGUGGGGGCAAGCAAGCGAAGUAAUCCAAGUAAUCCUUGGUGCAGCAGGAGCAGAAACAGAAGCAGAAGGCAGAAAGGAGAGCGAGACGCGCGCCUCGCUGUUCCGGAAGAGGUUAAAGUACGGAAUUGGCUGUUGUGAGUGCGUGUGUGCGUACGUGCGCGUGUGUGUGUGCGCCUGUGUGUCGCAAUGUUCUCUCGCGACGGUCGCCGCGGGGAGAUGAAGGCACCGGUGACACCGGUCGCGGCAUCAUCGUCGGCGGCAGCGGCGGCUAGUGACGCACGCCGUAACGCGAACCGUUCACGGAUGCCGUCACCGAUAGCAGGUGGUGGGGGGCUAAGCCGUACGCUCAGCACCCCACCGAUAGCAGAAUCGACACACAUCGGCAGCUUUAGCCCUGGGCCGACUUCCGGAUCCAGCAGGCAGCCGGGUGCUAUCGGUCGGGGAGGAAGCGUCCGGGGUGAUCUUUGGAACGGCACGGGCAACAUCACCGCCAGCAACAACACCACCAGUGGACAGUUUAAGCGCAAACCCACCUCACCGCUGUCCAACAGCAGGACGCUGUUCAAGAGCAGCGGAAAUCUGUCCAUCUUUGGCCGUGCAAAUUCGCAAAUCUUUACCGACGCCCAGAGUCCGGGAUUGGUGAAUCGAUUGGUACGGUACAGUGAACGCAGCGCGCACUCCGGUGGUGCGAUGAAUCGCUCGCAAUCGCUCUCGAGCGUGUACAGCAAACCGGGCCAGUUCCCGGUGGUACAUCUGCGCAAGCAGGAACUACGAUACGGUCUGGGUGGUGGUGGAUCUGGCCUUGGUUCCGGUUCCUCCGGUGGAAUACGCCGAAGGGGUGGAAAUUUUAGUUCGAUACGCAUACCACCGCCGGAUAUGUCGCUGUUUCAGGUUAACAAGAGGAGCAGUAUCCUGCGUACCGGUUCACUGCUCAUACCGGCCAGUGCGGAACCUCACGACACGGCCACCGGAGGUAACACCACGCUCUUCGGUGGUGGACGUGGCGUAAAAUCGUCGACCAACGAGGCCGAUGCGAUGGAGAACCGUGUUAUCACACCCUGUGCCGAACCGGAGGCAACGCCAACGCGCAGUGUACUGGAUGCACUGAAGGAGAUCUCCCGGAAGCGUAUCAACAGUGAAGAGCUGGACGCGGAUCGGAUCAAGAAGCAGUGCAAGGAGCUGUCGGAGCUGGAUGCAGCCGGUAGUGGACCACCGUCAUCGUCAUCGACCGGUGGUGCCGUCGCUACCGGUACCUUUGGUCUCGCGACAAAGCGUAGCCGCGAUCCGGGCAGUCCUUCAUCGCCAUCCGCCAUCGAUGGUGGAGCAGGAGGUAAUGGUGCCGGAGGUGGCACCACAGUUGCCGUAGGAAGCUCCGGAAGCUAUCUCGGCCUCGGUGGUUUGGGUCCCGGUGAGCUACAGGUGACCAAGAAGCGGUUCUGCUCCAAGAACAAUGACAUCCUGAGUUCGCUCAGCUCGAGCAUCUCGUCCUCACACCACACACCGAACCGGCACCGUGUGGUGGUACCACGGAUGGAUCAUCAUCUGGCCAUCGUCGGUUCACCGUCCGUUUCAUUCUCAAACUCCUCGUUACUCGGCACGAUGCCGAGCACCUCUUCGACACCGAUUGCGGAAGCAAUUCAGGAGCUGGCUGCAAAGGAACUAGCGACACGCGCCAAUGAUAGAGAGACAGGCGCGGGCCAGAGGGCAAUGAAAUCGGCUUCACACGCGCAACAGCAAUCGUCGUGGAAGCAGAAAACACCACCCAGCGAGAGGCCAACGGUAGCGGAACUGCCAGGAAGGGCGCAGCCAAAGAUAACACUCUUCAAUCGGCCGUACGAAACGUCAACCACGAAGAAGCUGCCCGUGUCUUCGCUCGCCACGGCAACAAGCGAUGGUGAAGAGGACGAACAUGGCGAAGGCAGCGGAAGGGUGCAGUUCGUGAAGCCGAAAGAGCGGAUGUCGCCACUCGGUGCGAAAUCCGUAGCUAGCGGUGGUGCGGCCAGUGGCGGUAGUAACAGUGAUCCACUAAAGAAACCUCCGGCCUCGAAACUUUCCGUUAUGCUCAAGUGCUUGAGUGGCGAUCUGGGUGAGGAAGACGAAGAGGAAGAGGACGAGGAGACAGUGCAGGAGUCACCGAAAACACCGAAACCUCAACAACAGGCACCAGCAUCAGCGGUUGCCACCACCGUAUCAUCGGGAUUGCCGAAAUCUUCCUUCACAUUCGGUGCUAAGGACACGGUUGAUGCAGCCCCGAAGGACACUGGAGCUUCUGGCGAAGCAACAACGACCAAGAGCAAGGACGAAACGGUAGCCAAGGGUCCUUCGACGGUUGGUAGUGGAAUUGCGGCGCUGAUCAACAAUCCGAUCAAGGAUGCCGGACUAGGAAAGAUCGUUCAAUCGGCCGAGACUAAGGAAGCCAGUGGCACCGCGGUAGAGAAACCGAAACAAGCUGCUGCUCCAGCUGCAGCUGCAGCUCCGGCAGCUGCCUUUACAUUCGGUAUGCCAGCAGCCACGACCAGCUCAGCAGCUGCAGCUGCGACCAGCGUAUCGAAAACUACGGACAGCGCAAGCAACAAGACCACAUUGACCUCCUCGACGUUUAAGGCACCGGAAGGUGGUGCAGCGGCACCGGCUUCACCAUUUACAUUCGGCACACCAUUGAAGCAACCGGCCAGCAGCACCACGGUGACGAGUCCGUCGACGAACUUCAUCUCAUUCUCUCCAGCACCGACAGCGGCAGCACCAGCAGCAGCAGCAGCAGCAGCAGCAGCAGGUGGUUUCGGUGGCACCACAUUCGGAGGCGCCUUAGCCAAGGCAGCAUCGCCGGUGGUACAGUUUGGUGCAGGUAAUGCCACCACGACGACCAACACCACUUCGGCAUCUGGAGCAGAAAAGACGACGGCCGCUGCUCCGGUCUUUAGCUUCGGUGCUGCUUCCACCCCUGCUGCCUCGGGGGCCACAUCAAGCACCAUUGCGAGUCCUUCUUCCGUUCCUACCUUUGGUGGUAGUACAUUCAGUGCUUUCAAGUCUCCGGCAGCACCGGCAACAGCAUCACCAGCUAGCAGCACGCCAGCCACAACGAGUGGCGGGUUCGCUGCACCAGCAGCAGCAGCAGCAGCCACAUUCACCUUUGGAUCGGUGGCCACUGCUCCAGCAUCAACAGCAGCGACCACCACCAGCAGCAGCAGUGUCCUUCCUCCAGUGUUUGGUUCGUUGAGUAGCGGUAACACAGCGGCCAGUACGACGGCAUCAGCACCGACGCCCGGUAGCACGUUCACUUUCGGAAACGCUCUGAAGACGAACAACGCCACACCAACAGCCGCAGGAGCAUUUACAUUCGGAGCUGGCGCCCUGGCAUCAACGACCACGGCCACGCCAGCACCAGCAACAGCUUCGUCGACGACAACGUCGACAUUCCCAACCUUCGGUGGUACCACAACACAGCAACCGUUCACGUUCGGUGGAGCAGCGACCGGUGCAUCCGCUCCGUCGACGAACUUGUUCGCUUCGGCCACCACAAACAACAACAGCAACAACAACACCUCAAACACACCGGCAACGGCCACGACAAACCUCUUCGGUGCCACGCUUGCCUCCUCCCCAAAGACCACAACCGAAAGCUCUGCAUCAUCGGCUGCGGCGUCGCCCAACCUCUUCGGAACUCCAGCGCAACCAUCGGCCCCGACCAGUGGAUCCGUCUUUAGUAGAUUAGCGCCGCCACCAACGGCAGCUAGUGGUACGAAUGGAGCCACUGGCAGCACUACGGCGGCCCCUGGUGUGUUCAGCUUCGGUGCUGUUAAACCAUCGACCGGAGCCCCAUCGGCACCACCGACAGCAGCUGCAGCACCAGCUACAAAUGGACAGAACAUUUUCGGAGCUGCAGCUGCCCAAACGGCUGGUGCCACUGGUGGAUUGUUCACUUUCGGUGCCGCCGCACAGCAGAAUACCCAGCCCGCGCAGAAUGCAACCGGUGCCGGAGUGCCAACGUUUGGCAGUGGAUUGUCAUCGAGCAGUGCGUCGGCACAACCAGCGGCCAACAAACCGUUUACGUUCGGUUCGGCUGCAGCAGCAGCAGCGAAACCUCCAGCAGCCGUUGGUGCGUCUGCUUCGCCUUCACCAGCCCAAGCGGCCACCCAGGGUAGUGGUAUCUUUGGACAACAACAGCAACAAGCAGCGCCAUCACCAUUCGGUGCCAGCUCGCAACAGUCGUCAGUUCCAGCGUUUGGAUCGCCGGUCUUUGGCAGCAGUGCCGGUGCUACGAAUACCGGUGUCCCAGCACAGACCACCGGAGCCAUCUUUGGCCAGGCAGCGCAGGUCAACGGGGGCACCACGAACGGACCAAACACUUCCGGGAAUCUGUUCACGUUCGGUGCCAAGACGCCAGUCGCUUCAGCGACACCGACUGUCGGCACUACGUUCGGUGCUCCGGCCAACAACAACAACACCUUUGGUUCCGGUGGCCUUUCGAAUGGUCUUGGCCAGCAGCAACAGCAGCAACAGCAGCAGCAGACAAACAAACCGUUCACUUUCGGUGCUCAACCGAGUGCACCGACAGUGGCAGCGCCACAGCCAGGGCAGCCGGCUGCCGCGCCAAGUACCGGUGGGUUCAACUUUAACCUUGGCUCCAAUGUGGCACCCGUGGCCAAACCGUUCUCCUUCACCGCUGGUGCCAACAGUGCAGCCUCACCGCCAGUCUUCGGUGCACCGGCAGCAGUAGCAUCGGCCCCGAGUGCCGGCU